AUGGCAAAGCGACAGUUUGGAACCACGGAUGAAGUGUUUGCGCAAAGAGAUGAAUGGGAAGGAAGGGAUUGCCAGAAAAAAUAUGUUCGGGUCAUCCAGGACAUGUAUGAAGGGGCAAGAACUCCGGUGAGAACCAGUGUCGGCACAACAGGAUGGGUCUCAGUUAGUGUUGACCUAUAUCAGGGGUCCUCUGUAAGUCCUAAUCUGUUCGACUUCAUUAUGGAUGUAUUGGCGAAAGGGGUUAAGGUACAGACUCCUUGGUGCAUGAAGUUUGAUGAUGACGUUUUUAUUGCCAAUACCAGUAAAGAGGAGAUCGAGCGUAAAUUAGAUCAAUGGAAAAGGGUUUCAGAGGAUAGAGGCUUAAAAUCAGCAUGA